AUGUCAGAAAGGGAAGAGGAUGAUGACGACGAAGACGAGAACGCAACGGCAGUGAACUACCCAAGAUCACGCCGGCAAUUUGAGCCACGGCCAAACGCCUUCUCGCACCCAAGCAAUCAGCAGCCGAUACGCUCACAGUCCGCCACUGUCUACCCACCUCGCCGAGGCCCGACACGGCCAUCGGCAUCUGUGCGACAACAGUCGUACCCCCAACAUACCCCCAUCGGUGCGGCACCAGAUCACGAUGAAGCACUGCGCGCCAGUCUGUCCACACUCCUCUCUGCAGCCGCUGCUGUGCGAGGCCUCCCCAAACCAGGCCAGCCUCGUACACAGCAGCACGGAUCAUCUCGCAUCGACCCCACAACACUUCGCCUCGUCCCCGAGUCCGUAGCAUUAGGCGACGUCCUGGAGGAGUCUUCUGUUGCGCCUUCUUCACCAAGCAGCAGUCCCUCUGAGAAGUCGAAGCGCAAGGAAAUUCGAAGUAGCAGCAAGGACCGUCGCAACGUGAAGAAAGCACGAAGAACCGGCCCCGUCAUCGAAGAAAUCAGCCCUACGCUGCUCACCUGGGUCGUGUCAGCUGGUGUCGUGGUCCUCGUGAGCGCCUUGAGCUUCUCGGCUGGCUACGUCGUCGGGAAAGAGUCCGGCCACGCCGAAGCCAUGAACCAAAUGGGUGCUGCUGGCGCCGAGGCGGGUAGUUGCGCACGCGAAGCAGCUUCCGGCGUGAAAGGAACCGGCUUGGGUCUGCGCAAGCUCCGAUGGACCGGCGGUGCUGGCAUCCGAGCUUGA